UUCUCAUUCGCCUGCGUGUGAGUCUUCACCCCUGAUGGAGCGGGCAACUCUCGCGAGAGCGCCUCCUCUCGCGAUGCCGCCCAGCAUAGCCGCCACUGCAGUGCCUAUAAAGCGACGAGACACGGCGUUGCGGCAAGGUCGCGCAGCAUCACGGCGAACGCUCGGUUCACGGAGCUCGUUAGCGUCCUCUGGAGCGCGUCGGAUAUUUCCUCACACGCGUUCAGGCUGGACGCACGCGCCGCUGUUCUCCGUUUGCAUCCGCAUGAGCGGCGUUGUUCUAGUCUUCCUGCAGCAUCAGUGUCGCCUCCCCCGCCCCCGCCGCACUUCACCGGACACUCUCGGCUCUGAGGAGGCUUCUCUGUCAUGUCGGCGUCCCCUCCGCCCCCCGCCGCCGCGAGCGACCAUCUCUCCAUCAAGCCCGCCGGUCCCACGCCGAGCCAGAGCCGCUUCCAGGUGGACCUGGUGUCGGAGUGCGCCGCGGCCUCGGACUCCUCGCCGCCCGAGUACCCCGCCGAGCCGCUCCGGGACUCCGCGUCCGGCGGAGAGGAAGCCAAGGGCCGGUUUCGCGUCGUGAACUUCGCGGCCUCGAGUCCGGACGCGGCGCCGGCGGACUGCGCGCAGAACGGGGACACGGUGAUGAGCGAGGGCAGCCUGCACUCGUCCAGCGGCGGCCAGCAGCACCAUCACUACGACACCCACACCAACACCUACUACCUCCGCACCUUCGGACACAACACCAUCGACGCCGUGCCCAACAUCGACUUCUACCGGCAGACCGCCGCGCCGCUGGGCGAGAAGCUCAUCAGACCCACGCUCUCGGAGCUGCACGACGAGCUGGACAAGGUACACGCACACGGGGCUUCAGCGGGCUACUACCGAGCGCACAGACCUGAGAACACACGGGCUUGGGCGAGGAUCAGUACUGCACACACAGGCGUUUGUGGGUCAGCAAUGAAAACAUGUGACCAGUUUAGUGGGUUAGUAUCAGACGUUAGAUGAGAUCAGUAAACACCAGCUUCAUAUCAAAUGUUUGUCCUGGUGGUGAUGCUCUAUAACACUUCAGAAUCGGCAUGCAGCGCUGUGACCUUUGACCUAUGUGCGCUGCGGUGCGUGUGAGGAUGCUGAUGGUGGGAAAUGAUAUCUGAAGAUCAGACCCUUCACUGUAUCAUUGUACAUGUAGUUCAGUGUUGUGAAAACACAAGGCCAGGCGGUGUUUACAUUCUUUCUCUGGACUCCAAUGUGUGA